AUGGAGUCUGCCAAACAAUGUAUGGAGGACGAGGAUCGAUACUUUUGGCAGUCUCCUCUCACCCCUCGAUGGUCCUCCAGAAGCUUCACCUUUCCCUUCCAUUUACCGAGAGUCUGGACUGGUGUGUUCGGUAGAGGUAGGGGCAGGACAAGUGCUGCGACAUCCACACCAUCGACCUCAUCGGCUUGCCUGAGACUGUUCACCCAGAGGAGGAAGAGGACAUUGUACAAGUGGGCAUGGAUGGCGUCAUUGAUGUUGGUCUUGACACCUGCGAUCUAUAUUGCGGUCGUCGGUGUUUUCAAGAUCCAUGGAUACCUUGCUGGGAGUGGCAGUGACCCAGGAGUUGCUAGUGGGAGGAAUGGAGACUUGGUGUCGAGGGGACGGGACGUCUGGAGGAUGAGUGGCAAGACCGUGACGACGGAACAGGAUGGCGGUGUUCUAACUCCGGCGAUCUUUACUCCUACUGCAGGGAUUGCUGCUGACUCGAUUUGGAGGCGACGGGCGGAUGAUGAAAUGGACGAUCCUCUUGACUUUUACCCAGAUGAGGACGAGGAUGGCCCAUCCGAGGCUGCAAAUUUCAUCUCUUGGCUUGCUCAGGCAUCCAUCGUUACCCCCGCAAUCCAACAAUAG